AUACACACUCACCAAUUUAUAUAGCCACUGUUUAUCUCUCUCUGUCACUGUCGGCCAAAAUUUCUUUUUCAUAUGAUCGUGCCACCGCUCACUUCCGCCGCCAUUACUCCAAUCCCCCCCAAAAAUAAAACAUCAUUAUUAUCAUGAUUAUUAUUUUCAUUUCUUUCUGAUUUGAUUCUUCAGCUCAGCUGAUCCUCAUAUUUUCUGUUCCUGAUCAACCAAAAAAAAGGGCACAAUGAAGUGUGAAGAAAGUAAAAAUGAUGAAAAGAUAUGUGACGAUUGCAAAACAUCUAAAACUCCCUUAUGGAGAAACGGCCCUGCUGGGCCUAAGUCGCUUUGUAAUGCAUGUGGAAUCCGAUUUCGAAAGAAGAAAACAACAGUCGAAACAAACAACGACAACAACAUAAAACAGCCGCCGUCACCCGUGUCGUCUUCUUCGUCAUCGACAAACAUCGAUAAAAACAACAACAAAACCGAUUGUGAAGGGUCACCGAUCAAGAAUAAAAAAGGGGGCGAGUUGCGGAUAAAAUUGGUGACAUUUGGUAAAGAAGUAGGGAUGUUACAACGCCAAAGAUCACCAAUGAAAAAGGUUAAAAGGCGAAAAAUGGAUUUUAAGAAUUUUCGGUAUUAUGGUGAAGUUGAACAAGCUGCUUUUCUGUUGAUGUCUUUAUCUUGUGGCUCUGUUUUUGGUUAAUUAAUUAGUGUUAUUACUAUUAUAUCCUUCCCUAUAUCAUGGCUACUACUAUUUUUGCUAAGUGUUUAAAAAUGGAAUCUUAGUGGGUUUUUUUUUAAGUUGUAGAAAUGGUGAUGUUUAGGAUAAGUGGAUCAUGUUGUGGUAGGAUAAGGGAUGGAAUUGUGUAUAUAGAUAUAUAUAUCAAAUGAAUAGAAUAGAAUGAAAUGAAAUGUCCUUUUUGUGCUUUUAAUUUUACAGUUUUUGGAA